CUUUACUGAGUAUUAAAUAUAACCGGAGACACAAAGUACCGACGGGUAACGGACUAACGGGCGGAGAUUUAUCGAACACACCGUAAAACUCCUUUCAGAUAAUUAACCACUGUCCCCCAUGGUUCUGUUCAACGUUCUCUGGUUGUACGUGGUGUGAUGGAUGGAGAGGUGGAGGUGGACAUCUUGGAGUUCGUGGUUCCCGUGGAAAACAAUAAGAGUCUGUUUGUGUGGGACAUCCAACCAUCUCUCACUGAGGCUCAGAUCUAUGACAGGUUGUUUGGUGUGUUCUCGUCCUUCGGUCCUCUCUACCUGUUGAAGGUGAGUCCUAACGCCCCCCUCCACCCCCCUGGUUUCUACGCCCUCGUCAGGUUCUACUCUGCUGCUCAGGCCUCAAAGGCUCAACAACAGACGGACGGACGCUCGCUGUUCCAGAGCUCUCCACUCAAGGUGAGGCUGAGCUCCAAAGACACACCUCACUUCCUGUGUAACGACCGACCUCUAAGCCACGCCCGCUGCCUGGAACUGGCCAACCACUGCCUGGGAUUCAACGGCUGGACCUCUGACAUCAUCACACUGAAGGAGCUCACCAACGAAGAAGAAGAAGAAGGUGAUGAGGAUGAGGAGGGUGGAGGCGGGAGGCGGAGGAGGCUGAGGUUUGGCUGCCUGCUGCAGCUCAGCUUCCCCCAUCACGGACAGAGCACCAGAGGAACAGCGGUGGUGGAGGACAGCUUCACCUGCACAGGUCCAGAUGUUUUGCUUCAGAAACGCUGUAAACUACAGAAGCUGGUCCGAGAGAAAGCUCUGGUUCAGGCCUUCACCACAGUGCUGCUCAUACUACCAGGAAACGGGAAAGUGAUGGUGGAGGUGAAACAGACUUCAGAUCAAGGUUUACCUGAGCAGACUGAAGAAGUCGUCCAGGUGAAUGAGUUUUCCUGGAGUGAGUUUGCUCCUGAUGAAGAGGAGGGUGAAGAUGAAGAGUGGGAUCUGACUGUAUCAUAGGCACCCAAAGGAUUGUGGGUAGGACCGGGUGUAGAGUGAUGCAUGAUGGGAAACCUGA